CAUCACCAACCCUCUUCCGAUCAAACGCAGCCAUGGAUAUGCACAGCGGCCACGAUGGAAUGGCCAUGGCACCAAGCUCAUCAUCAUCAUCUACCAAUGGAACCAUGACGACGGGUCAUAAGAUGCAAGGCAUGAUGCACAUGACAUUUUAUUGGGGAAAGGAUGCGUUGAUUCUCUUCGACCAAUGGCCUGCUGGUAAUUCUGGUAUGUAUGCAUUGGCGUUGAUCAUUGUUUUCUUCAUGUCGGUAUUCAUCGAGUUACUCUCCCACACACGGAUCAUCAAACCCGGUUCAAACCCUGUUGUUGCCGGUCUGGUUCAGACGCUUUUGCAUGUUGUUAGGGUUGGCUUAGCUUAUUUGGUUAUGUUGGCACUCAUGUCUUUCAAUGGAGGUGUCUUCUUGGUUGCUGUGCUUGGUCAUGCUAUUGGAUUCUUCUUAUGUGGCAGUGCUUUCAGAAAACAACACCUUGAUGAGCCUUAUGAUCUUCCUCCAAUGUCUUGUUAAUUACUGUUACUUCAGUGCAGUUUAUUGAAAUUUUAAAACAGUUAUGAAAUUGUUUGAAAUUUAGAUGCAUAUAUGCAUAUUAUCUAAUAUAUGUUCCGAUAUAAUUUGA